AUGAAACUCUUCCGCAACCUCUGCUCACUGUUGGCACUUUUCUUCUUCUUCCAAGGAGGAGUUUCCAUAGGUCCCUUGCAAUUGACACACCCACUUGACCCCUUAACAAAGCAAGAAAUCACCCUCGUCCAAACCACACUCCUAAACAAAUACCCCACCAAAACAAACCGUGUCCACUUCCACUACGUAGGCCUCGACGACCCCGACAAAGUCACAGUCCUCAAAUGGCUCUCAACCGGCGCCGAAACCACACGCAACGCCUUCGUCAUCGCCAUCAUCAACUCCCAAAUCCACGAGCUCACAAUAAAUCUACGAUCCUCCGAGGUGGUGUCCGACAAGAUCCACCGCGGAAACGGGUUCCCCACCUUAACGUUGGAGGAGCAAAGCGAGGCCGUGAAACUGCCCCUCAACCAUGGUCCCUUCGUCGAGUCUGUAAAAAAGAGGGGUUUGAACUUGUCUGAAGUGGUGUGCUCUGGCUUCACCGUGGGGUGGUAUGGCCAAAGUGAGAACAAAAGGGUUUUGAGAAUCGAGUGUUUCAUGAAGGAGGAAACCCCUAAUAUCUACGUGAGGCCCAUUAAUGGAAUAAUCAUUGUGGCUGAUCUUGAACAGAUGAAGAUCGUUGAGUAUCAUGAUAAACUUGUUGAGCCUGUUCCCAAGGCGGAAAACACCGAAUACCGGGCUUCGCAUUUGAAGCCACCGUUUGGUCCUAAGCUUCAUUCCUUUGGCUCGCAUCAACCCCAAGGACCAGGUUUCACCAUCAAAGGACACAGUGUGAGCUGGGCCAAUUGGAAGUUUCACAUAGGGUAUGAUGUGCGAGCUGGAGUGAUAAUUUCAACAGCAUCAAUCUACGACCCUGAAGUGCAUAAAUCUCGUUCAGUGUUAUACAGAGGCUAUAUUUCUGAAUUAUACGUGCCAUACCAGGAUCCAACUGAAGAAUGGUAUUACAAGACUUUCUUUGAUGCUGGUGAAUUCGGGUUUGGUCAAUCCAUGGUUUCUUUGGAACCCUUGCAUGAUUGUCCACCACACGCACAAUUCUUAGAUGUGUAUCUUGUGGGAAGGGAUGGUAGCCCUCAACAGUUGGAGAAUGCAAUUUGUGUGUUUGAACAAUAUGGUGGUAUCAGUUGGCGUCACACUGAAACAGCCAUUGCUGAUGAGGAAAUACGUGAAGUUAGAUCUGACGUGACUCUAAUUGUUAGAUCAGUGGUUACAGUGGGAAACUAUGACAACGUCAUGGAUUGGGAGUUCAAACCAAGUGGUUCAAUCAAGCCUGCUAUAUCACUGUCGGGUAUGUUGGAAGUUAAGGCAGUGAAUAUUACUCAUAAUGAUGAGAUAAAGGAUGAGCAACAUGGCGUGUUGGUAGCAGAACACAGCAUUGGUGUUUACCAUGAUCAUUACUACAUAUACCAUCUUGACUUUGACAUUGAUGGUGUGGACAACUCCUUUGUGAAGACCAAUCUGAAGACCGUGGAAGUGAGUGACCACAGUUCAAAGAGAAAGAGCUAUUGGACAACUAGUAGUGAAAUUGUGAAGACUGAAUCAGAUGCAAAGACGAAACUAGGGUUUAGUCCAUCGGAGCUAGUAGUUGUGAAUCCUAACAAGAAGACUUCCACUGGAAACGAGGUGGGGUACCGUUUGAUUCCAAAUGCAGCAGUUCAUCCACUUCUCACAGAUGAUGACUACCCUCAAACACGUGGUGCUUUCUCCAAUUACAAUGUUUGGGUUACACCUUACAACAAGACUGAGAAAUGGGCUGGUGGAUUAUAUGUUGAUCAGAGCCGUGGGGAUGAUACAUUAGCUGUUUGGACUAAGCAGAAUAGGGGUAUUGUGAACAAGGACAUUGUGGUGUGGUACGUAGUGGGAAUCCACCAUGUUCCGUGUCAGGAAGAUUUUCCAUUAAUGCCCUUAUUGAGCACUGGAUUUGAAUUGAGACCAACAAAUUUCUUUGAGAGGAAUCCGGUCCUGAAGACCCUUUCUCCUGGCAUUGUUAAAUGGCCAGCUUGUGAGAAGCCAUAG